AUGCAAAGAAAGCCUACAAAUCUGCGUGUUGAUGAUGGUUUUGCUGAUCAUCAAAUUGCUGGCCAACACAUCAUCACAAUUACGACGGCUUCAUCUUUCACCAUCGAUGAUGGACUGUUGAGUAAAUCCGCAAAAGAAAAGAACCAUCCAAAACCCAGUGACAUUGUUCGCUUUGAAAAUGUUGGCCGUUUACUAAAAUUUUGCAACAACGAGCAGCGGGAUUUGUUAGAAGCCGAAACUAAACAUCUGUUGCUACGACUUGAAGAGUCACAUUUCAGGUGGUUUGGUGAUGGUUUGCAAAAAAAAAGUCGUUUUUUUCGAAAUGCUUUACUGAAGCCCCCACCACUACAGAGGAUAAAAUCCUGUGUGCACAACCCGGCAUAUGAACCGGAACAAUCUAUGAUGUGUCAUAAGGUUCUUGGACAUGGCAAAAAUAUUGGACAAACACAGUCAUGUGAUUUGGGUGAAGAAACCUGUAGGAGUAAUGUUGUACGAGCGUUAAUGAUGAGCAUGGAAAAAUAUGAUAUGUUCAUUAUGAAUCCACUUUUUGGUUCCGGUCUUGAUUACUACAAUAAAGCAAAUGCUCCUACAUAUUAUGCGAAAGGAAGAUCAGAAAUGCAAGGCAACUAUUCCAAGCUGAGCCCAAAUGAGAGCUGGUCCGAAAGAUAUCCAUUACACAAAGCAGCAUACGACGAUAAUGUUGAGGAAGUAAAGCGGCUCUUAGCCAAAGGAAUGAAUGCUAACGAGUUGGACAAUGCAUCAUGGACACCGCUCCACUACUGUGCAUUUUACAACAAUUUACGUUCGAUGGAGGCUUUGUUGGUAUGUGCUAAGACUGAUGUGAACUUUCGGAAUAAAGCCGGCUCAACUCCCUUGCAUUUUGCUGCUUUACAAGCACAUCCGAAUAUGGUGGAAUUGCUAUUAACCCAUUCUUCAAUUGAUACGGAAAUAAAAGAUUCAAAAGGCUAUAGAGCUUUGGAUAUUUGCGCCUGUGUACCAAAGGAAGAACACCAGAAGGUUGCGAAGCUUUUGAGGAAUUGGACACCGCUUGAAAAAAUUCAGGUGGAGUUAAUGGAUGGAGGAAAUGCUCAGUUGUCACUGGUGAAAGGUGACGAAACGACAGCGGGACAGUUGCACGAUUCAAUGUGCAAAGAGUUAAAACUAAAUGCAGCCAGUGGCUCGUUGUUUGCUAUUUGGAUAUGCUCCGAGAGACUGAGUUUGCAAUUGAAAGAACAUCAUAAACCGCUACUGCAUAUGAAACAGUGGAGUCAGAAAGUUGCGAAGUUUGGGAGUGAUAAUUCUUACAAAACAAAAGAAGAGAUCCCUAAAUUGUAUUUCAGAAGAGAUGCUCGAGUGUCGCUAACAUCUGAAAAAGCGGCAAAAUUGACACCUGAUGCUCUGUCACUUUUGUAUUCAGAAGCGCAACAAAACUACAUGAAAGGUUUAUAUCCUUGUUCAGACCAAGAUGUUGCUCAGUUGGCCUCAAUCAUUCUGCAAAUUAUACAUGGCAAAAGCUACGAACUAAACUCAAAAAUCAUGGAAUCUUUGAUGCCGUUCCAUCGUAUACCUACAACAGAAUCUGGCCUAAGCGUUAUGAAACGAGCUAUCGAAAAGGAGUACCAUAAAAAGAAAGCAACAAACUUAGUUGCUUUACAAAGUGAUUUUUUGCAUAUUUGUUGGCGAUUCUGUGUCUACGGUUCAACAUUUUUUGAUGCAAUUAUAUUUAUGAAAAAGCCGGUAAAGGGCAGUUUACUGGCCCAUGUCGGUGUCAACGACUAUGGUCUUCAUUUGAUCAAUGCAAACAGCAAAACACUAUUCAAGACGUAUCCGCUGAAAGCAUUUCGGUGUGAAAUGGAACCGGGAAGGCCCUACAUCGAUGUUCAUGCUGAAACAUUUGGUCAUAGUUUUACAAUAAAAACCUCUCAGGUCAGUUCAAUUAUUUGGUAA